AUGGAGAGCCAUGAUAUUUAUACAGGUAUAUGGCGAAACUACUCCACCGCAGGUCUAGACGGCAAAGUUAUAACUCUGCCCAUACAGUCUGCUGGCUAUCUUAUCUCGGGUCUGACGGUUCUCCUUACCCUGGCUGUGGAGAGCUGUUGGACAAUUGCCGCUUAUGCUCUCCACCAGUGCCACGUUUCAGAGGCUACCGACCCGCUGGAGCUUCAAUUACAAGUCCUCCUCCGCAACGUUGAAAAGCCAACGUCAGCUGUGUGGCAUCUCGCCAAGAUUUGGCGGGCUUGGAGGAAGUCUAAUGUCCGACAUGUCCGCAAACUGCUCUGUACAGGCCUGUUCGCUAUCAUCUUUGCCGCGGCGAUCGUCCCAGUCGGUACGAUCGUGGCAAGCAUCGCUAGCACGCGAGAGGAAGUCGUGCUGGUGCUAGCAAAGCCAAGAAACUGUGGCUAUGUCAGAAGCAACUUUUCAGUUUCUUCCAGCAAUGACGCCUUUGCGGCUUCAUUUGCGUACACCACUGACAAGGCGAUCCGCGGUCGAGCUUAUGCUAAAGCGUGGUAUCGGAACGCAGAGGCGUCGCGGCGCGAUCCUCCCUCUAGCUUUCCCGUCGCAAGGCUACCUUAUCGUAAUGAUACAGUCCCCUGUCCUUUGAAAGGCAAUCGAUGUCGCUAUUAUGCUGCUGAUACGAACGACGAAAACAUGGCCAUUGCGUUAGACACGGGUCUGCUGGAUACUGGCGCCUAUCUGGGCAUUAAUGGACCCAAGGAAAACAUGAUCCAGUUUCGAAAGAAGACGACUUGCGCGCCUACCAGAAUCCCCGAUCUUUGGGUGCCCUACCAAGACGGGUCCGAUAAUUUCACAGCCCUGAAGGCAGGGCCUUAUGAAGGACCUGGCAAUAUUACGCUCAAGUUCAACACUCGUAUCCGGGAUGAGAAUGUCGGAUAUGUCACGGGAUUUGCAGUGAUAGACCCUGGUGCCACCAGCGCGUCCUUGGAUCAAUGGCAGCCGACUGAUCCCUUCAAACAUGACGACGCGAUUCUCACUCUUCACGCGAUUCUCCCCAACGUUGUAUAUCUCGGCCCCGUCAACGAUCCGAUGUUUCUAGCUGAUUACUUCAUCACCUCCCUAGUUUGUCUCGAUCAGGUACAGGUCUGUAACCAAAAUAACGGAAAGUGCUCCAGCCUCACGCACAACAGUGAGGCCUUCAGACAAGGCGAGACAGACCUGGAUCUUAACAGCCACCAACUUGGCGUAUUAAAGAGAGUUAUUUCUGCCCUCGUGGAUUCUACGACAUUCCAGUCUGGAAUCGCCCCACUUGGAAGCACAGGGUUACUGGCAAGCGAACUAGUGUAUAAUAAUGCCAUCUCCCCACCGCUCCCGGACGACCAAUGGAUCAAAGAAGUGACUCUCUGGUUCCAAACAGGUCUUAGUAUUCUCCAGGAGCAAAUAAUGCUCUUCCUGGAUAUAUCCGGAUAUAAUGACACCGGCGGAGCCUUUAUACUAGAACCAGUCAAAGAGUUACCUGGAAAAGAUCGUGCCGAACUGGAGUGGCAGUGCGCCGCCCAGAAGAUCCCUUCCCAAGGCCAGGUUCAGAACUUCAAUUUCGCUGCUGUGAUCGUCAUUGGCACUGUGUCAGCGACUAUUAUCCUCAUAGGAUUGAUCCUUGAGCCGGUUAUUGGAUGGAUAAGGAAGCCGAAGAGUAAAAAGGAUAAAGAGGACAAAAAGGAGAAAAAGGACGAAAAGGAGAAAAAGGAGAAGAAUAAACGACAGCUGGCAAGAGAUAUGGACAGCUUAUAUUGGCUUCUUCGUGCGGCAUUGCUGGGUAUCGGCGUGACAGCUUGGAAUGACGAUGAGGGAGACAUUCCAGUUACUACUACGGGAGUAACAGUACAGCACCCAGGCAAAGACGACAGGGAGUGUUGCCAGAGGUUUUAUAUAGCUGAAAGGUUAGAACCCUGUUUGCAUGAGAUCAGAAGUGGUAACUUGCCGUCUGGUAAUUAA